CCUUUUUUUCUUUUUGUGUGUGUGUGUGUCUGUGCUGUUAUUGCAUAUUUUCAGCUCUUUUUGAAUUUGUGUGAACGUCGUUCUGUUUCAACUCACUUUCGCAGAGAAUCCAAGCUCCAUGCCUUCAGUUGAUCAUAACGCGAUGGAAGAGUCUUGGGUCUUUGACUUUGAGGCACCCGGUCAGGGUUUCCUCAAUUUACCGAACAGUGUGAUGGAACGCAUCUGUCGAUCGUUGCCAAGUCAACAGGACAGAUUUACCAUGUGCCUUGUGCACUCUACAUGGGUCACGGCAGCCACGUCCAUUCUCUGGGAAGCACCCAUCUUCCGUAACCCGCAGUCGUUCAAUCUGUUUAUGAACAUCAUUCGAACUCACCGACGAUCCGCCCUUUUAGUGCGUCACUUGCGCUUAUGUGUCCACGAUGCUCAAUAUGACACCAUCUUCCAACCCAUCGUACACUCCACCCUCCCACGCCAUAAUAUGAAAGCAAGUAUUCUUGCGAAUCCGCAAGUCAUUCUCAUUCUUUCGAGGCAAUGUGAAAAGCUUCAAAGUUUGACCAUUUACGGUUGGCGAAUCGAGCCUGUGCACUUGGAACAACUGAGCAGCAUUCUCUAUGAUCUUCGAGGACUACAUAUCAUCGGAAGUAACUUUUCUCGUACCAAUCCAUUCACCAUGAAUCGCAUUCUUCCGUCGUUAAAGUCCCUUUGCCUCGAUGGCAAUUUUCAGCUUUCCCGAAAUUUCAUGUCCAUUCUCACUCACCGAGCGCAGUCAUUGACGCAUCUCCAGUUAUCCUUGGAAGGCAUGGACGCCGAUGCUUUAGCCUGCUUAUGCGACGGCAAUCUGUACUUGCACGAACUCACCCUCACUCACGCUGUUCAUAUUCGCGAUUUACACAUCUCCAGACUCCUGCAAACGUUUCCCAAACUUACGACUUUCCGCCUUGAAGGUGCAGCCAAAAUCACCCCGCGCACCUUCUCCCUUGCCUUGGCCAUGUGCCCAAAUUUGAAGGACUUGGAAAUCCGGUCUUCCCCGACCGCACUGGAGCAACCAAUCGACGAUUCUUUUGACGUAUGGAAUGGCGAUCAUGUGCCUCCUCCAUUGCAACGAUUGGUCCUGGAAAACAUGAAUGUCAAUGACCAGCUUUUUACCGCAAUUGGACAUUUCUUCUCCUCCUUAAAGACUCUCGGCCUGAAACAAUGUCCACGCCUGUCAGACACAUCCAUGGAUACAAUCAUCAGAGCAGCACUCGGUCUUCGUGAACUCUGUAUCAUUCAAUGCCCAUUUAUCGGCUCAGGCACCGUCCAAUCCCUCGCUCUGUAUUCUGCUCAUAGUACGCUCACUAGUUUGUACAUCGAAUCGUCGGCGCAAAUCGGUCCCAGAGACGUUCACGAUCUCUGUUGUGCCGGAAGUGAUCAUCGUCUCAAGCUUCUCCGUCUCGUUGGUUACAAAGAUCUUGCUACAUCGGUGAUUGGCAGCUUUGCCGUUGAACGUUUGGAUCGUCCGGAUGUGCAACACGCGCAUUCCAGUGCAUCAGCCCAACCGUUUACUAUUACCCUGGAUGAAACCGUUAUUGACGCUGUGGCCAACCUUGAUUCCGCCAACGAACCCGAUCUGAUGGUGAUUCCCGAAAAUCGAUACCUUUCUGGUUUGCACGUCAUUGCACUUGCCAAGGAACUUGGCUUAUCGCUCAAUACGCUCGAACAGCUCCUAGAUCGAAUUCAGAAGGAUACGGCAUAUCAGGAACAAGUAAAAGAACCACAACACGCUGUCCCUCCGCGUCUCAAUCAUGUCACCCCACAACCAUCUCUGGCUCCUCCUUCACAUCAACCUGCGGCUAUGCCGAAGAAACAGGAUCCACGAUUGGCAGCGUUGAAAACUCAGUAUCAAGCACGACCUACGACGCCAGCUCUGUGGGCUAGAGCGGAUGAAAGUCUGGUAGAGAAUUACCUUCACGGCAUUGGCAAUGGUCCCGUUACGGCGACGGUUCCAGCGAUGCCAUCUCCAGUGACGACCGUCUCUCCGGUCAAAUAUGCCGCGCCAAUCUCCGAAACUUCGUCUCCGGCACCUUACUCUGAAGAAGAAGAAGAGGAGGAGGAGGAGGAAGAAGAGGAUCGUGAGGAAUACCAUGAGGAAGAGCAUGAGCAUGAAGACGCAGGGGAAGUGGAAGAUGAAUCUGAAGUUGGUUAUGAAGAAACAGGCAAAGAACAUGAGUCGGCUGAAGAAUGGCCGGCCGUCGGACGUACACCUGCCAAACCCAUUGAUCUCGGCGGCUGGGGAACGACCCAAAGUGUGCCUUGGUCGAAAAAGGUGUCUCCUACAACGACCAAGCCAGCGGUGAAACCGGCCCAACCUUGGGCGCCGAAUAACCUCGAGCAGGCAUGGCAACAGAUCCCUCUAGAACCCGGCCAGAUCCUCCCCAAGAAGCAGAAAGGUACCAAGGUUUUUACAGUUGAAAACAGUAACUGGGGUACGCCGAAAGCAUACGUUCCUUGGGACGAUCUUCGAACGCAAGGUUUCGCCCAUGAUGUCUUGGAAAAACAAAAGAACACUGUCUUUUGGAAAUUGGAAGACGGUGUGUGGAAGAAACUGUCAGCGAACGAGACGGUGGAAGAUGUCAUUGCGCGUGGAGGAACGACCAGUUCAGGAAACGAUUUUACCCAUCACGUUCCCGCCAAGCCCGCCACGUUCCAUCGACCCAGACAAUCCGAAUCACAAUCGCAGGCACACAGCAGCAGCUUGAGUUCCGAUAAUGAGAGCAUUGACUGGGAUGACGAUGACGGGGUCACCAUCAUUACACACCCGCAACCGCCCCCCCACGUUGGAGGAAUACCCGGCGCCAAACCUCGUCACCGAUCAAAGCCCGUGCCAUCCACAGCGUCCUCAGAGGCGUUACGGGGGGUUGUGGAACAUCCUGGUCAUCCAAAGUGGCUCCCGCCGGAUGAGUGGCGAAGGAUGCGGGAGACACGCAUCGUUGAACACGGUUUAGAUGCGUCCCCGGAUUUUGGUCUUUCCAGUGAAGGGUGGGAAAGCGAUCAUGGUAGCCAGGAUGACCAGGAUGGUCGGGAAAAGGACCAUACUGGUACUGCCAAAGGAGCCGAGGCAUUGAACUUUUGGUCGGUUGGGUCAACCAAUCAAGUUCACAACGACUCCAAGAAAGCAGCUCCCAAAUCUCAAGCACCAUGGCCCAGUGUCACGAUUCCUUCUUCCAGUGAGCACGUAGAGACCUCGUCUUCGGCGACAGCAGUGAACUCUUGGCACGAUUUCACAGCGAAACUUGCCAAAGAUAACGCGGCGACCAGCCCGAUGCCAACCGUGUCUCGUUCGACGCAGUCUACCGUUACCACUAGAGUGGAAGAAACUCGCGUGUCAGUUCCAGAAAAGAAGUCGGUCUCCAAGGCGCACUAUGUAUGGGAUGAGGCUGACGACGAACAAAGUGCUUUAACCACACCCAGUAUCUUUGAUUCUUCUCCUCCUCAUCAACCACCACCAUCAGAAAAGAAAUCCGAUUUGCUCAUCGAUACAAGCGACGUCGUCAGUCCACAGUUUUUCUCUAAUCCCCCUGCGGAAAAGAAAAUGCCGUCCAUAUACGAUAAUUUGUGGCAAUCGAUUUCCAGUCUCACACCGGCAGAAACGGAGUCACCCGUCAUAUCGGCUGCUGUCCUGGAAUAUACCGACGCGGUGGAUGAACAGCAGAAAGAACUGGUGCAAGAGCAAGCAUCCAAACUAGCUGUGGGAGACGUUGAUAGACCAGAGGAAACCCCUAAAGAAUCUUCUAUUCCAUUGGCCAAAAACGACCAUGAUGAUAUGAAGGAAUUGAAGGAACUAAAGGAAGAACCACAAGAGGAAAAAUCAUCAUCCAUCGAUUCUCCCGUUGACUCUGCAACCGCUCCUUCCGCUGCAACACCUUCUGCUACUACAUCUUCCGUGGCGACCCCCAUUGCCAGUACGCCUGUACCUACCGACGCCGAUACAGACGUAUCAAAAUCGAAUGAUCCAGGUAAAAAGCUGGUUCAGGUACACAUUGAAACAUGUAAAUACGGUCAUCAACCUCUUCGUUUAUACGAGAACCGUGAUCCUCGCGAGGACGUACAAGCCUAUUGCGAACAAUACGAGAUGCUUGAGCAUUACGAUCGAAUUUUAGAAGCUGCGCUGGAAAUAUACACACAAAAGAAGACCAAGCGAAUCCUUGGCAAGAAGAAGAAGAAGCGAGCCGCUUCCAAUGUUUCCACUCCCACUUUAGAUGAUAAAAAUAACUUGCUUUAGAUCUGAGGGAAAAAAGGGAAAAGCAUAAACCAAAAUCAUUCAUGUAUAUUAUAAAAAUUUCAUACUUCACCUUCCAUUUCAGAAAGUAAAAUAAAAUCGAAAACACAACACAGC